AUGGACAUCAGAGGACCGAUCCGGUUCCGCAGCUCCGACUCCUCUUCCACGCAUCGCUUCGUCGGCAGCUUCUCCCCUCAAAACCCUAGCCCCUCCUCCAGCAACGCCGCCGACGACGACCUCAGCGAGGACGACAUCUUCUCCGCCGUCGACUUCUCCGACGCCGCCGACCACCACCAUCGACAUCGCGGCAACAACCUCAGCAGCCAGGUUCCGGCCGCCGCCGCCGCCUUGUCUCCUUGCCUUCGCAAUCACCACCUCGGCCGGCACAGGAACUCCGCCUUGGGCCCGCCGGAUGGCUUCGGCAUACUCGCCGCGCUCCCCGAGCGCGAGACUAGCUCCGUCUUCGGCCGCAACGUCUCCGUUUCUCCUUCUUCGCCUCUCUCGGCGGCGGCGCCCCUUUCGUCCUCGCGGGUGAUCCCUGCGAUUCCACGCCCCCCGCAGGACAGAUUUCCACUGGCUUCUUUUUCCUUAGCGAAGAAGUACCACCAAUCGGCGCCGGUGAACGUGCCUGUGUUGAUGGCGAGGAGGCACCGCGAGUUUGUCGAAGUUGGGGACGAGAAUCGGGACGAUGAUGAUGAGAAGGAUUUUGAUGGGGAAGAGAUGUUGCCGCCGCACGAGAUAGUGGCGAGGCGAUUGUCCCGUUCUCAGAGCGUCGCUUGCUCGGUGCUCGAAGGAGCUGGGCGGACCCUCAAGGGGAGGGAUCUGCAUCGGGUCCGCGAUGCGGUGUUGCGGCAAACAGGUUUUCUAGAUUGA